GAGCCGGGCGCGCCAUGGCGCACCGGGUGCGCGCUCACUCUUCUGUGCCGAGAGCUCUGCCGGCGGCCCGGGAUGCCAAGAUGUCCGGACUGCAAGUCUGCAAUGUUUUGAGAGGGAGAUGACUUGAAUGAUUGGCUUUUAUCUCCACAACAAUGUCCAUGAACAAUUCCAAACAGCCAGUGUCUCCUGCAGCUGGCCUCCUUUCAAAUACAACUUGCCCAACGGAAAACCGGCUUUCAGUAUUUUUUUCAAUAAUCUUCAUGACAGUGGGGAUCUUAUCAAACAGCCUUGCCAUUGCUAUUCUCAUGAAGGCAUAUCAGAGAUUUAGACAGAAGUCCAAGGCAUCGUUUUUGCUUUUGGCUAGUGGCCUAGUAAUCACAGACUUCUUUGGCCACCUCAUCAAUGGAGCGAUAGCAGUGUUUGUAUAUGCUUCUGAUAAAGACUGGAUCCGCUUUGACCAAUCAAACAUCCUUUGCAGUAUUUUUGGCAUCUGCAUGGUUUUCUCUGGUCUGUGCCCACUUUUUCUAGGCAGCGUGAUGGCCAUUGAGCGAUGUAUUGGAGUCACCAAACCGAUAUUUCAUUCUACGAAAAUUACAUCCAAACAUGUGAAAAUGAUAUUGAGUGGUGUGUGUUUGUUUGCUGUUUUCAUAGCUUUGCUGCCCAUCCUUGGGCAUCGAGACUAUAAAAUUCAAGCGUCGAGGACCUGGUGUUUCUACAAAACAGAACACAUCAAAGACUGGGAAGAUAGAUUUUACCUUCUGCUUUUUUCUUUUCUGGGGCUCUUAUCCCUGGGUGUUUCAUUUUUGUGCAAUGCCAUCACAGGAAUUACACUUUUAAGAGUUAAAUUUAAAAGUCAACAGCACAGACAAGGCAGGUCUCAUCAUUUGGAAAUGGUCAUCCAGCUCCUGGCUAUCAUGUGUGUAUCCUGCAUUUGCUGGAGUCCGUUUCUGGUGACAAUGGCCAACAUUGGAAUAAAUGGAAACCAAUCCCUGGAGACCUGUGAAACAACACUUUUUGCACUCCGAAUGGCAACCUGGAAUCAAAUCUUAGAUCCCUGGGUAUAUAUUCUUCUGCGGAAGGCUGUCCUUAAGAAUCUGUACAAACUUGCCAGGCGCUGUUGUGGAGUACAUAUCAUUAGCUUACAUGUUUGGGAGCUGAGUUCCAUUAAAAAAUCCUUAAAAGUUGCUGCUAUUUCUGAAUCACCAGUUGCAGAGAAAGUAAAUCAGCAAGCUCCUAGUUUAAUAGGACAGUAAGUCAGCAUAGAUCUAGAACAAAAUUGAGAAAAAUGUUGGCAAUAUUUCAGUUAAUUGGAUAAAUAUAUAAAGCCUAACUGGAAAAGUCAGGUAGUAUGGAGGAACUUUUGUCAGAGUCAGCUUUUGAAAUUUGUUAAAUUACAGCAUCAUUGUGAAUUUUCACUUGUUUUUUUCAACUGAAGGUAAUACAAUGAAACAAUGCCUUGGGAGUCAAACUGAAAAUAAUUUUAGGCUUGUGUUGGUCAUGCUUUUGGAAUGGGUGAGUCUGUUGAAUCCAAAAGCAUUUAUUUGAUCUAUUUGCUAAAGUAUAUUAUAGUGCUACCUGCACAGUGGAAUGGCUGUUUUGGGGUAACUGCUCUACAGCUAUUUCUUGCAGACUAGCCUUAAUAAAAUAGAGGAGUGCACUCAUUUUUUGAUUGGGUCUAAUUUAACCCUCAUUAUGUCACCACAAUUAAUAUACAAAUGGUCACGUCACAUGAGUUUCACUGUGGCUUCUUUUAAUGACCUUCGCAUUUACCAGAAUUGGCUGUCAGGUUGCCUGAGCUGGCUAGCCUCUUUAGAUUGACCUCAUCUUUGUGAUAUUUGACAAACAUGACUGCUUACAUUUAUUUUUAUAAAGGUCAAUUGUUUUUUGAAGGUUUUUUUUUUUUUUUUGGUAAGUCAUAGAUUUGCACAGGUUUCAAAUAAUCCUUUUAUGCUUUGAAAAUUCUAAUGUACAAUAAAUAAUUUUCAGAGAAACAAUGGUUCUAUGUCAGCACAUGUACAGGCAACUUGCAUUGUGGCAGUUCCAGAGAAAUGACCAUGGAUAAUGCAAAGAGCUGAAACCCUAGCAGUAGGUACAAAGAGCAUGGGCAGACUUUUUACCUUGAGCCACAAUUUCUAUGUCUGAGAAAAAGAGAAAAGCAACAUAUACAAUAUUCAAAACUAUCUACAGCUAGUGUGUCUCUGUUUUCUAUUUAUCUGGCAUCUUCUAAAGUUUGUGCUAUUCAUGUCAAGGGGAAGGUGGACAAUUAGGGAUUUGGGAAUCAUUAAAAUGUUUAAGCGAUCAAGGAAUAAUAAUCUCUCUUGAUUUCCCAAUAAUACUUUAGACCUUUUCUUUGAUUAUUUGUAUAAUUCAACCCAAAGCAUUUUAGUAAUCAUUCAAUGUCUUAUAUCCAUCAGUUUAUAGGAUAGGUAGUUUUGCUAUCUAUAUGCACUUCUAUAAAAGAGUUCUUUGCCGUCAUUAACUGGUAUCCAUUGUAAAGUUAAUCUUCCUGUGCUAAUGAUUUCAGAUUCUUUAGGAACCUGUGUAGUUCAAAUAAGCUUAAAUUAUUACAUUCACAAAUUUUUGGUUUUGACAGGUAAUUUACAUUGGAAAUGAUUGUUAGCUUUAGUGAAUUUUGGAAAAUUCUCAUGAAUAAGUGAAAAUAUAUUAGCUUCACUGAAGAUUUAAAAACAACUAUUUCCCAGUGAAUUUAAAGAAAGGAAAUAUACAUACAUACACACACUAGUACAUGAUAUUGUUGAUUUAAGACCUAUAAAUGAUUAAGCACCCACAUUUACACUAUUGUCAUAUGUAUUGUCCAUAGUAGGUGAUAAACACUCACCAAGCUGAAUUACAGGCAAAAAUUCCAUGGUGUAAAAAGAGCUUGGGAACCUCCCUGGUGGUGCUGGCGGUUGAGCGCUGCACAGUGAAGCUGCCCGCAGUCUCUGUAGCACAGGUUCGAUCCCUGCUGGCCAGCGAGAAUCCCAUAUGGCGAAGCAGACCUCUCCUGUCUCACCUGCUGCUCCCCUCAGCAGUGUAUUUUGUCAGUCUGCCUGUUCUGCUCCCCGCUCUGUCUCUGGUAAAUCCUCUCACCUUCCCUGCGCAUCUGGUUCUUGUAUAAAUAAAAUAAAUCUUUAAAAAAAAAAAGAGCUUGGAAUUACAGUUUUUUUGUAUUUUUAAUUUAAACUGACAAUUAUAUAUUGGUUAUUGUAGAUCUAUAAAUAAAAUGUAUAAAAUGUGUGUACACACAUAUAGUCAAGUAUCUGCUUAAAAAAGUCAUUAUAGUCUGUCAUUGAUGGUACAAUAUUUAAAUGUCUUUGUGUAUUUUAAGAGCAGCUAAAGCCCAGAACAACUUUUAAAUGACUUAGAAGAGAUAUCCCGCUCUUUCCGCUUCCUCCCACCACAACUAUGUCAGAGUAUUGGUGUCCUGUGAACUGAGGUACAAAGAAUCCAAGGUAGAUUCUAUUUUUUUCAUGCUGGAUAGGAUGCUGCAGCCACCAUUUCCAUGUAUAUCGUCUGGGGAGAGGUGUGGAGAAACUUUCACAUAGUUUCUUCUAUGUGAAAUGAAGAUUUCAUUGAGACCUUCUGGCAGAAAUGUUUCAUCAUUGCCUUGAGGAGACCUGGCCAUGUGUGUCUGCACUGAGGAGAUAAUGUGACAUGACUGUGUGUGGGGAAGUGUGAACAUGCAAGGUUUUGGGGAGUGUCAGGGAGGUCACUGCAUAUAUCAGAAGGGUUAUUUGUAUGAACUAAGCAUAGAUUUAUGGCCACUAAAUUGGUUUUUCAAUAUUAAAUGCAAGAGGUAGACACCAAAAAAUUGAAAAUAAAUUCACAAAAGAAUACACAUUUUCUAUUGUUUUAGAAUUCCAUCUAAGGAAAUGAAGUGAGCAUGUUUUGAUUUCUGUUAUGUAGAUUUUGGUGUAGUCUGGUAAUUUAUUGUAUAGUGAGUAAUAGUGUAGAGCAAAAAUUUUCAUAUAAAUAUUCAAAGUAGAAGUUUUUUUUUUUGUUCAGAUUACUGAAAACAUAGAGUGCAAAUAGUGCUCAACAAAUUUACCAAUUUUGAACUUUCAAGUUCAACUUAAAGUUUAUAAUUAGACCACUAGAGUAACUGGACCUCCCUUCUCAUUAGGGAAAUGGUAUCUAAGCAACUUAACAAUUUAUUUGACCAUAAUAUAUAUGGGGGGGAUUCUACUAUAUUAUUCUGGGCAAAUGACUUGAAAUGCCAGACUUUUUCUGAUGUUAGUGAAUUUUUUUAGAAAAAUGAUGUCAAUAUAUAACAAUACAUAGAUGGA